GCCAAGGGAUCUCAGAGGUUAAUGCGUUCAAAAGUUAUGAAUCAUGACAAAUGAUGGAUCUGUCCGCCGAUCGCAGACCUAAAAAUGAAGUGGGUUCGCUCACCGGAAUGGCCAUUCGGUAGUUGGUGGGGUUCGCUGCUCGGGAUUCUCCUGAGUCUUUGGUCUUAUCAUCCACGACUGGACAUCGCAACGGGCGAUCCGUGGCUGCGGUGGAUCCGAAUCUCGACGUGUCGCGGCUCACCCAGAGACUACGCCGGACUAAGUUCUUUGCGUUAUGAAACUGGAGUGGGAAUGGACGCUGCUUGGAUAAAAAGGGGGGAUUGUGGCCGUGGGGUCGUGUCCUUUUUUUCUGAUUUUUGUCAGUUGAUUCUCCCUCUCCUCUCUUUUGCUUCGCUUUUUCAUUAUCUUAUUCACCCCCAGAAUACCCUAAAAUGUCCUCCACCUACGUCCCUCCCGGCUCCCCCGUCCCCCUCAUCAUCAACAACAAAAACAUCUUCACAGACACCCAAUUCGACGUCACAAACCCCGGCACCGGCCAAGUCGAGCACCAAUGUAGCUCCGCGUCCGCUAAGGAUGCCACUGACGCCGUCGAGGCCGCGCAGGCCGCAUUCCCGGCGUGGUCCCGCACCAAGCCCGACGUCCGACGCGACAUCUUGCUGCGCACCGCGGACGUCUUCGUCGAGCGCAAGGAGGAGUUCCUGCGGUACAUGGUCGAGGAGACGGCGGCGGAGCAGAUGUACAACGAGUUCAUCUUCCAGCUGGGCGUGAACCUGCUGCGCGACGCGGCCGGCAAGAUCUCAAGCAUCGUGGGCACGGUGCCCACGAUUGCCGGCGAAGGCGAGAGCGCCAUCAUCUACAAGCAGCCGUACGGCGUCAUCCUGGGCAUUGCACCGUGGAACGCGCCCUACAUCCUCGGCACGCGGUCGGUCGCCCUCGCCCUGGCGGCCGGCAACACCACCGUGCUGAAGGGCUCCGAGCUCUCGCCCAAGUGCUUCUGGGCCAUCGGCGACGCCUUCCGCCAGGCGGGACUGCCCGACGGCGCGCUGAACGUGAUCUACUCGCGGCCGCAGGACGCCGUGGAGGUGACGACGGCGCUGAUUGCGCACCCGGCACUGCGCAAGCUCAGCUUCACGGGCAGCACAGCCGUCGGGCGCAAGAUCGGCGUGAUUGCCGCGCAGCACAUCAAGCCGGUGAUUCUGGAGUUGGGUGGCAAGGCGCCGACGAUUGUGCUGGAGGAUGCGAAUCUGGAGAAGGCGGCGCUGGGGGCCGUGUUGGGGUCGUUUAUUCAUUCCGGCCAAGUUUGCAUGUGCACGGAACGAAUCAUCGUGCACCGCUCCAUCGUCGAUCAAUUCCGACCCGUCCUCAACGCCACCAUCAAGCACAUCGCCGGCGGCGGCAGCGGCGAAGUCGUGGUGAUCAACGCCGCGGCGGUGACCAAGAACCGGAACCUGGUGCGUGACGCCGUGUCCAAGGGCGGAAAGGUGAUUGCCGGCGACGUGGACGCACCGACAGCCUCGGACACGCGCCUGGCGCCGAUCGUGGUCGAGGGCGUCACGCGCGAUAUGGACAUCUACGCGGAGGAGUCGUUCGGGCCGACGGUGUCGCUGUUCGUCGUGGACAGCGACGACGAGGCUGUGGCGCUGGCGAACGAUACCGAGUACGGUCUCAGUGCGGCCGUGUAUACGGAGAAUCUGGGCCGGGCGUUGAAGGUGGCCAAGGGGAUUGAUUCGGGGGCCGUGCAUAUCAACUCGAUGACGGUGCAUAACGAGUCGGUGCUGCCUCACGGCGGAGUCAAGAACAGUGGAUUCGGGCGGUUCGGAUCGGACAUGCUGGAUGAGUUCCUGUGGACAAAGUCGGUGACCUGGAUGGAUUAAGGAUGGUUUACGGGAUUAUCCAGGAUCUGUGAGCUAAACCCAAACAUUUGAAUGUAAAUAGACUAGUAUAAUUCUGCGAUUACGCUGUUGAUUUCAAG